AUGCUGUUUGUUUGUACUACAUUUUCAUUAGAUGACGAUUGCAUCAAUACUGUCAAAAGCAUCAGUUUCAUUCAUAACGAUGGCAUAGUUACGCUGGCCAGUGGUGGUAAAAGGAAAACAUUCAACCAUUUCAACACUCAAAUUAAGGAUCUCAGACACAUGGAUAAGAAAGAUGUAGACCCACCUCGACUGCUCUUUAACUUCUUUAAAAGUGAUCAAUCUUUUCCGAAACGUUGUAAAAGAAAGUGUAAGCAAAAAAAACGGAGAAAGGCUUUCCAAAAACGCUGUACCGAUUACCAGGGUUACGUCGACCUAUCUGAAGCACUUGAUGACGAGCUGUGUGCGAGUGUGGAAGAGUUUUCUGUCGAGGAACACAAGUCUGUUCCUUAUGAUAACGUCUCCCAAGGUGUAGCGAAUCUUUAUUCGGAAGUUUCAGAUUCCAAGUCUGCGCAAUACAAGGGUUGCCCUAGGGAUUACUGCAGAUGCGAGGACGGACCAGAUUUUGCAAAAGCGCGCGAUCAUCUCUCUGAUUCUGAUUAUAUCUGGCCUUCCAGGUCCAUGAAGACAUAUAUGCACCUGAGUGCCUUGGAUGUAAACAUUACAGAGUGCAAAAUAUGCGGUGAUGAUGUCUUGCCGCAGACCGUCGAGCUCAGGCCAGUCAUAAAUAAGAAUGUUGCUGAGGUACUUUAUCUGAUUGAGAACUGCACAGCUUGGAUACACGUAGCUAAACCACCUGAGUGGAAAUAUUUGAAUUCAACCGUAUCGAAUCUCGACAAAAUUCUUCAGCUUAUCGAGCAACGAAUUCCUUCAGCAAAGGACGAUUUUGAGAAGCAAGUGACUAAAUUUGAAGAAGAGACUAAACAUAUUAUUGCACUUAUUCGAAAGAAUUUGAUUCGAGCAUAA